UAUCUCUAACUAGGGGAAUUUGAUAAGGUAGUUGAAGGGUGAUAGUACCUUUGCUCUCUCACUGCAAUUGAAAUCAUUCUUAGCUUUUAGGUGGACCCCACUGUCUACCUUAGUGAGGCAUUUUCAAGAGCAUAGACUCAUCUUUUUCAUUAUCAAAAGAAGAUGCUGCUUAAUUUGAGGAUCCUGUUGAACAAUGCAGCUCUUAGAAAUGGUCACAGUUUCGUGGUUCGAAAUUUUCGAUGUGGACAACCACUACAAAAUAAAGUACAGCUGAAGGGUCGUGACCUCCUCACUCUAAAGAACUUUACAGGAGAAGAAAUUAAGUAUAUGUUAUGGCUAUCGGCAGAUCUCAAAUUUAGGAUAAAACAGAAAGGAGAGUAUUUGCCCUUAUUACAAGGGAAGUCCUUAGGCAUGAUUUUUGAAAAAAGAAGUACUCGAACAAGACUUUCCACAGAAACAGGUUUUGCACUUCUGGGAGGACACCCUUGUUUUCUUACCACACAAGACAUUCAUCUGGGUGUGAAUGAAAGUCUCACGGACACAGCCCGUGUGUUGUCUAGCAUGACAGAUGCAGUGCUGGCUCGAGUGUACAAACAAUCAGAUCUAGAUAUUCUGGCUAAAGAAGCAUCCAUUCCAAUCAUCAAUGGGCUGUCAGAUUUGUACCAUCCUAUCCAGAUCCUGGCUGAUUACCUCACGCUCCAGGAACACUAUGGCGCUCUGAAAGGCCUUACCCUCAGCUGGAUUGGGGAUGGGAACAACAUUCUGCAUUCCAUCAUGAUGAGUGCUGCAAAAUUCGGGAUGCACCUUCAGGCAGCUACUCCAAAGGGUUAUGAGCCAGAUCCCAGUGUGACCAAGGUGGCAGAGCAGUAUGCCAAGGAGAAUGGCACCAAGCUGUCACUGACAAAUGAUCCAUUGGAAGCGGCUCGUGGAGGCAAUGUGUUAAUUACAGACACGUGGAUAAGCAUGGGACAAGAAGAGGAGAAGAAAAAGCGGCUCCAGGCUUUCCAAGGUUACCAGGUUACAAUGAAGACUGCUAAAGUUGCUGCCUCUGACUGGACGUUUUUACACUGCUUGCCCAGAAAGCCAGAAGAAGUGGAUGAUGAAGUGUUUUAUUCUCCACGAUCACUAGUAUUCCCAGAGGCUGAAAACAGGAAGUGGACAAUCAUGGCUGUCAUGGUGUCCCUGCUGACAGAUUAUUCACCUCAGCUUCAGAAACCAAAGUUUUGACGCAGUGAUGUUUGUCAAGAGAGAAACAGUGUUCUUCAGUAACUGAAUAAGUCAACUUAUGGAGGAAGGAGAAGAGAAUCUAAGAAAUAAACAAAUCUUGACACACAGUAUAGGUGAAUGAUGUGAUAUUGCUUUACCAUUGUGAAACCUUCCUGAAGGCCUUAAUUUAAGCGCCGAUGCACUACAAUACAUGGCUUGACUUGGUUUAAACUCUCUAGUGCACAAUUUCGAGUUAAAUUUGGGUAUCAUAUUAAUAGUCGUGUACACUUGCUUCAACUAAACAUAAAAUACUGUGUUCAUAAUGCAUAAUGUCUAAGCCAUUAAAUGUAAUCUAUGCUUAUUAUCUUAAUAAAUUAUCACUCGUGCUAAUUUGUAAGUAAACAUUUACCAGGCAGUCA